UUUGCUAUAAAAGAGCUGCCAUGCCCUCCAUUUUGUUCAACUUUGUAUGUGUUUAACAAUGUCAAACAUGAAUAUUCCAAAAAACAUAUUCCUCCUUUCUUUGAAUGUGUUAUUCUUUUUCUUCUUCUGUUUGGCAUGUUGUGAAGGGAAAAGAAAGAGAUAUGAUGAUGGGGGAGAUGAAAGAACAAUGAUAAAAGGGAUGUUUGUUUUUGGGAGUUCUCUAGUUGACAAUGGAAAUAAUAAUUUCUUAGAGAAGUCAAGAGCUAAGGCUGAUUAUUUGCCUUAUGGAAUAGAUUUUGGAGUUGGUCCCUCAGGAAGGUUUACAAAUGGGAAGAAUAUUAUUGACCUUCUUGGUCGUUAUCUGGGCCUUCCUUCUUCCAUUCCCCCUUUCUUCGACCCUUCCACCAAGGGGACCAACAUUGUUCGUGGCGUCAACUAUGCUUCCGGUGGCUCCGGAAUUCUGGACGACACUGGCUCUAUAGCAGGAAAUGUAACAAGUUUGAAUAAACAAAUAAAAAACUUUGAGGAGGUGACACUACCAGAAUUGAGAAGAUUGAUGGGACGGAGAAACGGUAGAAGAAAGGGUUCACUAUUAGAGAAUUAUUUGUUUGUUGUUGGUUCAGGAGGGAAUGAUUACUCAUUCAACUAUUUUCUCACCAACUCUGACCCUCAACUCACUCUCCCCAUCUUCACCGCCAAUCUUACAGCCACCUUGUCCACCCAACUCAAGAAGUUGUAUAGUUUGGGAGCAAGAAAAAUGGUGGCCAUAUCAGUAAACCCAUUAGGGUGUAGUCCAAUGGUGAGAGCAAAUAACAAAGGAGAAUGCAUUGAGAUAUUAAACCAAGCAGCUCAAUUGUUCAAUCUCAAUUUGAAGACAUUGGUGGAUGACAUAAAGCCACAAAUCCCACUCUCCAACAUUGUCUUUCUUAAUUCAUACAACAUUAUUAAUGACAUCAUCUCUCAACCUGCUUCUCAAGGUUUUAUAGAGGCAGCUAUGCCAUGUUGUGAGGUGCCAUCUCUAAGUGAAGGUGGAAAUGGAAUAUUGUGCAAAAAAGGAGGAAAAACUUGCCCUAACAGAACCAACCAUGUCUUCUUUGAUGGGUUACAUCCAACAGAAGCUGUCAAUGUCAUUAUAGCAUCCAAAGCUUAUGCUUCUCAACUUCAAACUGAAGUUUAUCCAACUAACGUUCUUCACCUUGCGAAUUUAUAGGCAACUUUCAUCUCUCUUAGUUUUACCUUUGUAAUCUACUAGUAAGUAGUAACAUUAUCACUUUGUGUAUCUUUCACAACCUUUCAUCAUGCUGUUCAAAUUUGGAACAUUUUGUUUAAAAUCUCUCAAAUCACAACCUUUCGUUAUGCUGUUCAAAUUUG